GUCUUUAUUUUUACUUUUUGUUUGCACAAGGGAGUAAGAUAACAAGAUGUCUUCUGUGCAUAAUUAUAAAUCUCACUCGAGGGUGUUGACAGGAGUUUGCUUUAAAAUUCGCGUUUGACGGUGACGCAGGAGUAAGGCCCGACGGCACGACGCCGUUUGUCCCUCGUCUCAUUCCGUCCGCUAUCCCGGAAGGAGGAGGAAAAAAAUAAAAAAAGAAAAGCAGGCGAGCGACGCGCUUCGGAGCGACGCUUGGCUGCCGAUGUGCCGCUUGCUCUUAAAAUGGAGAGCGACACCACCCUCCGGAGAAUAAAGCCGCCGCUCGGGGCACACGGCCACGCGGCGGGUUCCGGGGGCCGCCACGCAGAGGACAACAACGGCUGGAACGACACCGACGGCGUUAGCGAGCCGAAGGGGAAGCCCGACGUGAGCUUGUACCUGCUCCGAGAGGGGCCGGCGACCUGCCUGGUGUGCGUGUUUGUCCUGCUCCUGUGGGGGCUGGUUCACUUGUCCCUCCAGCAGCUGGUCGUAGGGAAGCCGAGCGAGGAGUUCAACGCCGGGAGAGCCAGGCAGCACCUGGAGCGCAUCACCAGCGUGGGCCCGCGGCCGGCGGGCAGCCACGAGAACGAGGUGUUGACGGUCAACUACUUGCUGGAGCGGAUCGAGGAGGUCCGCGCGGCCACGGCGCGGGGGCCGCACCAUCGGCUCAGCGUGGACGUGCAGCGGCCCACCGGCUCCUUCUCCAUCGACUUCUUGGGCGGCUUCACCAGCUUCUACGACCGCGUCACCAACAUCGCGGUCCGGCUGGAACCCAAAGGCGGCGCUCAGCAUCUCAUGCUGGCCAACUGCCACUUUGACACGGUGGCCAACAGUCCAGGCGCGAGCGACGACGCCGUGAGCUGCGCCGUCAUGCUGGAAGUCCUCCACUCGCUCGCCAACCAGUCCAGCCCUCUUCGCCACGGCGUCAUCUUCCUCUUCAACGGGGCGGAGGAAAACGUCCUACAGGCCAGCCACGGGUUCAUCACUCAGCACCCGUGGGCCAAACACGUCCGAGCCUUCAUCAACUUGGAGGCCGCGGGCGUCGGCGGCAAGGAGGUUGUUUUCCAGACGGGUCCGGAGAACCCGUGGCUGGUCCAGGCGUACGUGCACGCCGCCAAACACCCCUUCGCCUCGGUGGUGGGCCAGGAGGUCUUCCAGAGCGGCAUCAUCCCCUCGGACACGGACUUUCGCAUCUACAGGGACUUCGGUAACAUCCCAGGCAUCGACCUGGCGUUUAUCGAGAACGGGUUCAUCUAUCACACCAAGUACGACACUGCCGACAGAAUCCUCACAGGCUCCAUUCAGAGAGCAGGGGACAACAUCCUGGCCGUCCUCAAGCACCUGCUCACGUCGGAGACGCUGGCCGACUCCUCCGAGUAUCGCCACGGCAACAUGGUGUUCUUCGACGUGCUGGGCGUGGCCGUGGUGGCGUACCCGGCGCGCGUCGGCACCAUCCUCAACUACGUGGUCGCCGCGACGACCUUCGUGUAUCUGGCCCGGAAAGCGUCCCGGCCGGGCAACCGCGGCGGGCGCUACGUUCGAGACCUGGCGUGCGCCACGGGCGUGGCGCUGCUCGGCUGGCUGGCGGCCUUGCUGGCGGUCCUGAUCGUGGCCGUGCUGGUGACGCUGCUGGGCCGCUCCAUGUUCUGGUACACUCACUUCUACGCCUCGGUGUGUCUGUACGGUUCGGCCGCCGCCGGCAAGAUGGUGCUGGUGCACACGCUGGCCAAGAACCUCUACUACAGGGGGGUGCGCAUGGUGGAGCUGGGCGAGCUGUACCUGGACGUGGGCCUCCUGCUGUGGUGCUGCAGCCUGCUGUGGAUGACCCAGCGCGGCCUGUGCUCGGCUUACGUGCCCAUGCUCAUGGUGGCCUUCCCGCUGCUGGCCAAGCUGCUGCUGGCCAACGAGUUCCGGAACCGAGGCGCCUCGCUCAAGUACUGCGUCCUGUAUCUGGCGGGCCUGGCGUUGCCGUACCUGCACAUCAUGUUCCUCAUCUGGGUGGUCUUCGAGAUCUUCACGCCCAUCAUGGGCCGGAGCGGGACCGAGAUCCCACCCGAGGUGGUCUUGGCCGCCCUGGUGACCAUGGCCACCGUUUUCCUCUCUUCCUUUUUCCUCCACUUGGUCUACUUGGUGAGGAGCACCAAGUGGAUUCUGGCGGGCCUGGGCUCCGUCUUCACCGUCACGUUCCUGCUGGUGUCCUGCGGCCUCUUGUUCCCGUAUUCGGGAAACCCCGACAGCCCCCGCCCCAAGAGGGUCUUCCUGCAGCACACGACGCGGACUUUCCGCGACUUGCGCGGCCACGUGGAGUGGCGCGACUCGGGCGUGUGGAUCAACAGCUUCGACUACACGGGCAUGCAGCACCUGACGCCGCACGUGCCCCGCAUCGACGACGACGGCGUGCGCGCCCGUUGCCGCGACGACCUCCCCUUCUGCGGCUUCCCGUGGUUCCUGCCCGUCAAGUUCCUCAGCAAGAGGAACUGGUACCUCCCGGCUCCGGAAGUUUCUCCGAGUUCCCCGGUGGACUUCCGCCUGGUGUCCCGGGAGCGCACGGCCUGGGGGACGGUCAAGAUGACGUUCAGCGCUAAAGGGCCCAGCCACAUGUCGCUCUACUUGAUGCCUCAACGCGGCGCGCGGCUCACCGCGUGGUCCUUCGGCGACGGCGUGCCGGACUACGACCAGAGGGGCGAAUACUUCGUCUUCUACUCGCACGGCCUGGACGCGCCCGCGUGGACCUUCUGGUUUGAAGUGCAGCCACCCGGCGAGUCGGACCCCGAGGGGAUGAUCCUGGUGGCCAUCUCCACCCACUACUUCUUCGGGGAGGACCAGAAGACGCCUGAGCUGGAGGAAAUCCUCGGCCGUCUGCCCUCGUGGGCCUUCCCGUCGUCGUGGGUCAGCACCUACGACAUGUACCGAUACUGAGCACCCGUCCCCCCCCCACGCAGCCUGAGAAGAGACCCCCCAGCAUCACUGUGCCAAGUAGCAAGUCGACGCCCCCGCACGCUCGGCGCAAACCAGUUUUUGAUUUCUCUCUGAUCUGCGGUGCCUUCUUUCUUCUUCUUCCCCCUCACAUGCUAACACGCUACCUCUUGCUCUUCAUCGGCACGCCGGACUCGCCGGGUUUUGGGCCCGGGCACGGUUCAACGUAGGCUUCCAAAGCGGCGUCGGAACUUGCCUUUCAAAGGCAGGCUCGCGCUUUAAAAGGAGGGUUAAAAAAAUGACGCUUUCGAAAGUCGGGUUUUGAUUCUGAGUUAGUCUUUCAAAUUUGUGUUAGAAUUUGAAAUUGUUUGGAAGAUGGAUGAACGAACGAGCGAGCGAGCGAGCGAGCGAGCGAGGAUGCUGUUGCCACUGUUGACUUUCAAGUUUCAGAUGAUUUUUCUCCCCCCCCAAACCCCCACCAGAUGACGCGAGUGACGGCGGCUUCCCCAAAAAAAUCUCAAAAUGUGAAAUCUGUUUUGCGUUUGUCGUCGUCCGAUUCAAAUUGGCGUUUCGCGGCAGGAUUUUACUUUUAAAUAUGAAUUUAAAGACAGGAUGAAGGAUUCAAUGAAAUAGAAACCACAUUACAUCAGUUUUAUUUUUUUACUUUUUUUUUUUUUUUUUACUCCAAAAAGUGCUCAUGAAGCACGUCCUUUUGCCAAAAGAACAUAUAAAUAACCAUUUGGAAAAAAAUAAUUUCAAAAAUCUUACUUUUUGUGUGACAUCAUGGGGGAGGGGCAGCUAUGUCGGAAUGUCUCGCGUCAGAUUUUAUUUCCCGUCGAAACGCCACUCCAUCUAUUCUUUCUUUUGUUGUCAUUCCAUCUUCUUCCACUCUAAUUUUUAAAACACUUUUUUUGUAAUUUUUUUUUUUUGCGUGUGCCCAGUGACGGAUUUGAAACUUGAACCCCACAACUGCUGUUUGUUGUUUUAGUUUCCGGUUGUUACACAGACUAAAUGCAGUUUUGAGCGGCAAUGAACUGUUGGGAAUGUUUAAAACUUGGAAGAUUUUACAUGAUGAACCUUGAAUAAAAGGAGCACUUAACAGGUAAUAAAAAAAAAUGGCUUGA